UGCCCGCAGCUCUGCCCCUGCCCGCUUAUAUGGGCAGCCGCGGAGGUGGGGCCGGGCUCUCCUCGCCCCUCCGACAGCAGCAGCAGCAGCAUCCCGACAGCGAGCGCUCGGGGGCAGCGAGUAACGGGAGCGGCUUGGGCGAGAUGGGCAGGAAGCUGGACCUCUCCAAGCUCACCGAUGAAGAAGCCAAGCAUGUUUGGGAAGUCGUUCAGCGGGACUUUGAUCUGCGGAAAAAAGAGGAGGAACGGCUGGAGGAGCUGAAAUGCAAGAUCGACCAGGAGAGCAGCAAGAGGGAGUUCCUGACCAGUCAGUCCCACCUGAAUGAAACUCACUGUGUGCACUGCCUGCAGCCCUUCAAGUUCCUGCUGAACAGCAAGAGGCAGUGCCUGGACUGCCGCUUCUACACCUGCAAGAACUGCAGCCGCUACCACAAGAAGGAGCAGGGCUGGGUCUGCGAUCCCUGCCGCCUCUCCAGGAUUGUGAAGAUUGGCUCCCUGGAGUGGUACUACGAACACGUGCGCUCCCGCUUCAAGAGGUUUGGAAGUGCCAAAGUGCUGCAGUCCCUCUAUGGCAGGCUGCAGCCAGGCCAGGGGCUCAACUCUGCCUUUCUGGGUCUUCACGACAGAGUUUAUAGCCUGCCAGACAUUAACAGAGAGUGCCAGCUGCUCAGCAGCUGUGACCCCGCUGGGGAUGACAGCGAUGAGGAAGACAACGUCCUUCGUGGGGCUGAAGCAGAGCGCUACAGCAGGAUGUGCAAGACAAAGCGGCUGCUGUCUGUGCACCCCUUUGAUUUCGAACUGGACUCGGAUUACUCUGCCCAGUCUCGCCGCCAGUCUGCGCAGCUCUCUCCAGCAGCCAGCAGCCCGGAUGCUUUCCAGUCCUUCCCAGAUUUCCCCACCUCAGCCGAAGAUGUCUCCCAGGAGUCGAGGAUGGGGGAUGCAGACCUGGUGUUCCACCACGUGCUGCAGGAGCCGGGGGCCAGCGCUCCGGAGCAGCACUUCAGCACCGAGGUUCGGCUCACCGUCAACGCGCGCAGGAGGAGGAGCCUGGAGAGGAACACGAAGCCUGGCCUGCCCUGGAACGAGCCGCCCCGGGCGCGGUACUCGGCCGACAUGGACACGUCCGACGAGGAGCUGAGGGGAGCCCGGCUGCCAGGCCAGCCCAGCAAGCGCAGGAACAGAGCCUCCUCCCAGGAGAACAUCAGCCACUCCUCCAACCAGAUCCAUGAGCUCAACACUCGCAUGUCCGCAAUCGAGCGCGUGCUGAACCGCUUGGAGGAAAAAAUCCUGGCGCGCCCUGACGAGUCUCUGGCCCCAGAGUCCCACACUGACCCUGAUGCUGAGGAGGAGGAGUUGAAGAGGAAGCUGGAGGAGUUGGCCAGCAACAUCAGCGACAAAGAGGUCUCCUCUGAUGAGGAGGAGCGUGAGGAGGAGAAGAGAGCAAAGAAACCAGAGAUGAGUUCCUCCACCGAAGCCAUGACCAGGGAUGUUAGAAAGAGGUCGUCGGCUCAGGCUUUGAGUGAGAUCACGGCCAAAGUGCUGAGAGCCAUUAACGCCACAGAGGAGGCGGUGUGGGAGUCGGUGCACGGACACAGCCAGGGCUGGGCCCUCCCUGCAGGGCACCUGCCGGCUGGGAGAGAGGUGGCCGGAGUGUACCAGGAGCUGGAGGAAAAUGUGUACCUGGCUGCUGGAAAGACCUACCAGCUUGAGAAGACCCUGAAGGAGCUUGAGGAGGGGGCUCAGCACAGCGGCACCACUGACUCGGAGCUGUCGGAGCUGGAGGACAAAGUGGCCUCAGCAGCUGCCCAGGUGCAGCAGGCAGAGAGUGAGAUAUCGGAUAUCGAAUCCCGAAUCGCGGCCCUGUCCGCCGCAGGGCUGACAGUGAAGCCUGUGGAGAAGGCAAAGAAGGCAAAGUCGAGUGUGCUGGCUGCCUGCCUCCAUUCUCCUGCUCCUGCCAGCAGCAGCCCUGGGGAGUCUCUGGAUGACAUUAAAGCAAUGCCCGGGCUGCAGAGGUUCAGGAGGAAGUUCAACAGCCCCCUGGAAAUCACCAGUUUUGACGACUCCUUUGACCGCAACUCCGCGUACCGCGGCUCGCUGACGCAGCGGAACCCCAACGGCAAGAACAGGAGGGUGGAGCGGCUCUUUGCGAAGCCUGUGAUGACCCACCUGUCCUGAGGAGAGGGGACCUCUCUGCUGCCGCAUUUCAGCGAGGGUACAAGACCUCAGCAAAGCCAAGCCUCUCACAGCCUUCCCUGCAACUCUUCCUCCUCCUGAGUCCUGAGCCUCUCUCUCCCUGAAACCCUGGACAGAAAGGAAGCCAGAGGCCGUGGGAGGAGGAGCAGAGCACUGGGGUGCAGACACGUGGCCAGGGGUUCUUGUGGGAGGAUGCUGGAAUGGGACCUUGGGCUGGGGCAGCUCUUUGGUGCUGGGGCAGCCAAGGGGACCAGAGAGGUGCAGAGCAGGAGUGACCUCCUUGGGGGACAGCUGGGUGUCAGUGUGACAUUGGGGACAGGGACAGGGCAGGGACACAGCCCUCCCUUGGCAGAAGCUGUCAGUGCCUGUCCCUGCUCUCUCCAGGCUGCUGUGAGCAGGGACAGGAGCUGACAGUGAGCAUGGAAUGCCCUUGGGAUGCCCCAGGUGGAAGAGGGAUUCAGGUACCCCAGGUAGCAGAGGGAUCCAGGCAUCCCAGUGCUGGGAUUCACACCCUGGUGCUGGUCCCAGUUCCCUGCCAUGUCCUUUGUUUCCCUGCCCUGAGCAGCACAGCAGGAUGAGAGCAGUGCUGGUCCCCUCCCAGUGAGCUUUUUGCUCUUUGCCCCAAGCCAUGCAAACACCCAGGGAUGGCACUGUGGGGCCUCUUGGGGCCACCCCAUCCUUGGGCAGGGCUGUGCUGCCCUUUGGGGGCUGCAGCAGCCCUGGGCCCUUGGUGUCAGCCUCCCCCAGCUCCCCCAGGACAUUUGCUUGCCUCCAGUAUUCAGCUCUGCACUGAUCCCAGUGGAUCAGCACCAGCCCCAUUCCAGGAUGGGCAGAGGGUUGCUUUCCCUGGCAGGUCACUUUGGAAGAGGUUUUUUUGUUCUGUCCCUGCCCUGUACAGCCCCCACUCUCCUCCUUGCCUCCCUCCCCAGUGGGCAAAGUGGGGAGGAUCACUCACAGCUGGAGCAGGGACGUCAGACAGUGCUGAGUUUCCCCUC